AUGAUUGGCAGUUUUACAAACAGUUACUUGUUUUCUAGACGAUCGAUUUUCAAGUCUUUCGAGCGCAUCCACGGCAAGAAGGUGCUGGAGGUCGGGGCGGGCACAGGCAUCUUAUCCGUGUUUGCCUGCCAAGCUGGGGCAUCUGAAGUAAUUGCUGUAGAAGCGUCCAAGGUUUCAAAGUUCGCAGAGCUUCUGAUAAAGGAGAAUCACAUGGAGAAUAAAAUCAAACUUAUGAAGAUUCCUGUGGAAAAUGAGAAUACGGUUAAAACUAUCCCGCAAGUCUGCCAGAACCUUAAAAGUUCGGAUCUGGUUCACCGCCACUGUUGGACCCAAUCCAGGUGUGAAAGGAUGAGGGUUUGGGACGGUGGCUAUACCUCCCGUAAACUUAGUCACAUGCCAUUCAUGGUAUUGCCGUUAUCGAACAUUACACCGGCUCGAUCGGACUAUCCGCUGAAUUUUGACGAAGAAUGUCAGUCUUGGAGGAAGUACAAGGUUCUUUGUACGAAGUGCCGAAUGCGGAGUCCCACAUGCUCAUGUCAGAGUAGACGCUGGAAAAGUGGAACGGCGUGA